CAUCCCAAGUAGGUGACAAAAUUUUGAAGUGAAAAAUUUGAGAACAAAUAGUAGGUAUUUGAAGUGUGUUGUAAACAGAUAACAAGUAGAUGCAAUAGAUUACAAUGGUGGCGUCCGAGUACAGUGCCUUUGUAAUACUGGAGAGGUCGUUGCGUUGGCUGCGCGGCAUGUCGGUUACGCAGAUACUUGGUUGUAACAAUUUGUUACAUGCGUUACGUGACGACAUUGAACAGGGGUCGACAUAUCGCGUUCGUGAGUGCCUCGCACUGUUGGGUUUGAAGCCGCUGCUUACUGCCAAACAGAUUAAGGCCACCAUGUCGCUGAGCCAGGAAAGCGAUCUGGCUUUUCUCUGGUUUAUCUGGGAAGCCUUCUACAAGACGUCGCAUGAUCUGAGCAAUGAACGAGACGAAUACUCCACCAAUGAGCAGUUAAUACUCUCGGCUAUUGCCCAUCUGGAUAUGAAGACCACGUUGCGGGCCCUCGACCAGAUACUGCCAACGGCGGAGUAUUCGAAAAAGUACCAGGAAAUACAGCGUGCCAAGGACAUGAAGGAAGCCAAGCGGAAGAGGUGGUUGCGACGUCGAACACCGCCGCCAUUUGUGGUCGACAAGGGUAUGUCAUUUGUGGAGCGCGAUCAAAUGCUAAAGAAGGCACGAAAACGAGGCAAAACAGUGCGGACCAAAGAAAAAGCUGCGGAUGAUAAAACCUUGCCGUAUUUGAUACCACAACUGCGACCCAAACCGUAUGUGCCCAUGGCAAUGAUGUCUACGCCCAGGGAUCGUCAGGUUAUCUUUCCGCGUUACAAUGACUACAACGAUAAGCUGCAUCGCAUUCCCAAUGAAUCGCGCUGGUUCGCCACGUACGAAUUGUCGCCAGUGAAACGCAUUAUUAAGCACUGCCUGUCGGCUGCAUUAGAUCCACUCUUCAGAAGAAGUCGCGUGCCGCUGGAGCGUUCCACUUGCAAUGUGCAUCGCAUGCUGGAGUUUUCAACAGCCCGCAAGCAGCAGGAACUCACCAUCGAGACGGCAAAGCGUUGCCUUGAUUUGCUCAGCGGCAAUAAAGACGAGAAACGGCGACGGCGCAUCAUCUGCCACCUGGAGCAUGAUGUACAAGCGGCGACCGAUAAACUGCGUCAGGAGGCACGUACUCAGCUGGCGCAGCUGCAACGUCUCAUCGGCGGCCCGUGCAGUGUUGGUGCCGGUUGCGCCAUGUGCGGCAAGCUGGGCUUUGAGCUGGACUUUAAGGGUCGACCACAGCGGAAGCCUGACUUUUCAUUUCUGCUGGACAUAGACUUUACGGUCAGCGAGCCACCGCCCGACGUCAAGGACAAGGACGAACCGGUGAGGGUGCUGCAAAUGGGCACCGAGAACCUGCUGCGUCUGAUCACGCCCGACACUGUGCGCAGUCUGCGCAAUACUUUGGGCUCGAAUGUCUAUUGUGGUCAGGGGCUCAAGUACAAGGGUUCGGAUCGCUGUCCACCCAUCGAGGGUCUCAUCAAGGUACUGAAUAGUAAGGGCAAGUUGGAGAAGGUUGUGUUGCCGCGACUUGAUGUGGACCGUUGUCAGCUGGCAGCAGCUCGUGAGACAUCAGAUGCUUCGGUGGAUAGGUUUUGCUCCAGGCGAACCAUGAAGAAUGGUGUGCUGCAGUGGGAUUACUUUAAGAUCUAUAAGCCGCCGGAGGCAUCGCAAUCGCAGACGCAGGCGGGUGAGCAGCUCGAUGCCAGCGCGAUCAUUAGAAGCUAUUGCAUUGCGGCACUCAAGAAGGCAAUGGAGGAGACAAAAGUAGAAAUUGCAACUACAAUUGAGCAGCAACAGGAUGGGGUUAAGGAUUGCGAUGAAAGAUCCUCACGUCUAUGCGCUGGUAUGGAUUGCAGUUCAUCGGGAAAAGUGAGCGUAGGGAAUUGUGACAAGUCGCCGGCUGAUGGAUUCAAACAUGUGCAGUCCAUUGAUCCCGACGAUGUGGUAAUGCUAGUGAAACUACUGAAAAUUGCUAUCGAUAUACUCCGAAAAGAUCCGCAGUAUGUGCUCGCCACCUUGCCCAAUGCCCACAUGAUGCCCAUUCUGGUCGAUUGGGUGGCAGCUCGUUAUGGCAAGACCUAUAACUAUCGCCAGUUAGAGAAUAUGGCCAAAAGCAUGGAUAUUAUCAACAAUGAUCUGACUGCGAAAAUGCAAGUACCACUUCCAAAUAUGUCGGUCAUCAAGAAGUGCAAAACCAUCGAGUCGUAUGAUAAAUACCUGCACUCUCUCUGCCACAUGCGACGAUUGCAGAGUGAAUACCACAGCACACUCAAUAAGGCAGCGCUGGAUGCGUCACGUCUCAUCUGGAUGGCCAUGCAUGGCUAUUCCAAUCUGGAGGGCUCCAUUACGGACACCUUUUUUGCCUAUUUGCCGGCCAAAGAGGCUGACUUUGUGCGACAUCGCCUUUGGGAUCCGAAUAGUUAUCGCAAUAUGGUUGCCUUUCGCAGUAGCAGGUGAACUUUGCUUGCCGUGGAGAGUGAAUCAUUUAAUGGUAAUGGUAAUGAAUCCAUUAAAUGAUCCACUAACCACUGCAGGCUCAGUUCACAUACUAUAUUCGAAAAAAGAGUAAAAGAAUUUAACUGUCAUAUUAAAUAACGAAUUUCAUCUCUAUUGGAAAAUAUAUUUGUUCAUACAAC